AUGCUAUCUCAUGCCGACCUCCUGGAUGCUCGCCUCGGUGAGUUAUCAUCGCCAAACUCCGGUCUUCAACUCUACUGGAUGAAGGAUGCUGCGGCAGAGCUUUUAGGCCACAGGGAGUCUCUGAAGUGCCGGCUUGGUGGUGGAGGACCUGACCCUGGCCACUCCGGCGAUCUAGCUCCGGGCUCCGAAGCUGUGGAAGGGACGACAAUGCUCCCGGGAGAUGAUAUCAACAAUGGACCCAACCCUUCAGGGGUGCAGGUCAACACUAAAGAGCAGGAGAAACAGCAGCAACAGCAAAAUAAUUCCAGCCAAUCUGCAAAUCAGCAAAGUCAAAAACAGAAGCGGCACCGGACCCGGUUCACUCCGGCCCAACUUAACGAACUGGAGCGCAGCUUUGCCAAAACACAUUAUCCAGACAUCUUUAUGAGAGAGGAACUGGCCCUUCGAAUUGGUUUGACGGAAUCUCGUGUGCAGGUCUGGUUCCAGAACCGUCGCGCCAAGUGGAAGAAGCGCAAGAAGACGACCAAUGUUUUCCGUUCUCCCGGGACUCUGUUACCGACCCACCAUGGGCUCCCACAGUUUCCCUCCGCGGCAGCGGCCGCCGCGGCUAUGAAUGACAGCCUCUGCUCUUUCCACGCUAACGAUACACGCUGGGCAACGGCAGGGAUGCCCGGAGUCUCCCAACUUCAGUUACCACCCUCCCUCGGCCGUCAACAGGCCAUGGCGCAGUCGCUGUCCCAGUGCAGUCUGGGCGCCGGGCCACCACCCAAUUCCAUGGGUCUGGCCAACAUGUCCUCAAACGGCUCCGGGCUCCAGUCACACCUCUACCAGCCCUCUUUCCCCGGGAUGGUGCCAUCCUCACUCUCCGGUCCAACCAACGUGACCGGGUCGCCCCAGCUGUGUAGUUCCCCGGACAGUGACGUCUGGAGAGGGACCAGCAUCGCCUCGCUGCGCCGCAAAGCGCUGGAGCACACAGGCUUCUAUUGAUGUUUGGUUUGGCGACUAUUCCGGUAUCCACAGGAGAAAAUUUCAUUGUAGCUUAACCCGCUGAAGUUGGCGAUACAACCGUUUUCAAAGUCACCAGCUGCACAGCAUGAACCAAGAUGGGCCAAAGGCAUGCGCUGUGCACGCACAAAUUUUAGACACUUGGAAGUUUUUGAGUAAAAAAAUCAUCAUCCAAUGGAAAAAAGGAGCCGAAUGAUCUGGAAUGAACAGAAAUCGCAAGAACAAGGAAAAGAACUUGACUGCAUGUGCUGGCCAAGGCAAAUUCACGGAAAUACUAUAAAUAAGACAAGAAAACCGACUUUAAUAUAAUCUGUUAUAUAGGAUGUUUUGUGUAGAGGAAGCAUUCUUGUUCCCAUUUGGUCAGUUUGUGAUAUGUUCUAAAUUAUCGUCUGUGCUUAUUAUCAAAACUGAAUUUCUUAAAUGUUUGAUCUUAUACUGAACAAACCAUUUCCUUUCAUGGACUUGUUUAUAUCAAUUGACUGUAAAUUAACAAAUAA